GCUGGGGAAGUUGGGAGGAGCGAGCCGGAGCCCGCGCCGGGCUCGCCCCGCCGCUGCCUGACUUGGCGCCCGCAGUCCCGGCGCAGCGCGCCUACCGCAGGCUGGCAGGUCUUGGGUCUGAGAUUGCCGGCUGACUAUGGGUACAACAGCCAGCACAGCUCAGCAGACGGUCUCGGCCAGUGCCCCCUUCGAGGGCCUCCAGAGCAGCAGCACGAUGGACGGGCGGCACUCACUCAGCGUCCACUCCUUCCAGACCACGGGCGUGCACAACAGCAAGGCCAAGUCCAUCAUUCCCAACAAGGUGGCUCCUGUCGUGAUCACGUACAACUGCAAGGAGGAGUUCCAGAUCCACGAUGAGUUGCUCAAGCCCCAUUAUACCCUGGGCCGGCUCUCGGAUGCCACCCCUGAGCACUACCUGGUGCAGGGGCGCUACUUCUUGGUGCGGGAUGUUGCUGAGAAGAUGGACCUGCUGGGCACUCUGCGGAGCUGUGGAGCCCCCAACUUCCGCCAAGUGCGGGGCGGGCUCACCGUGUUUGGCAUGGGACAGCCCAGCCUCUCGGGGUUCAGGCAGGUCCUUCAGAAACUCCAGAAGGAUGGACACAAGGAGUGCGUCAUCUUCUGCGUGCGCGAGGAGCCCGUGCUGUUUCUGCGAGCCGAUGAGGACUUUGUGUCGUACACACCUCGAGACAAGCAGAGUCUUCAUGAGAACCUCCGGGGCCUUGGACCUGGGGUCCAGGCCGAGAGCUUGGAGCUGGCCAUCCGAAAAGAGAUCCACGACUUUGCCCAGCUGAGCGAGAACACAUACCACGUGUACCACAACAUCGAGGACCUGCAGGGGGAGCCCCACACUGUGGCCAUUCGGGGCGAGGAUGAUGUACACGUGACUGAAGGGGUAUACAAGCGGCCCCUUUUCCUGCAGCCCACCUACAGGUACCACCGCCUGCCCCUGCCGGAGCAGGGGGCCCCCCUGGAAACCCAGUUUGAUGCCUUUGUCAAUGUCAUCCGGGAGACCCCCAGCCUGCUGCUGCUUCGAGAUGCCCAUGGGCCUCCCCCUGCGCUCCUCUUCAGCUGCCAGACGGGUGUGGGCAGGACCAACCUGGGCAUGGCCCUGGGCACCCUUCUCCUGUUUCACCAUAGCGGGACUGCCUCCAGGCCGGAGGCUGUCCCUGUGAAGAGCAAGCCGCUGCCCAUGGAGCAGCUCCAGGUGGUCCAGAGCUUUCUCCACGUGGUGCCCCAGGGAAGGAAGAUGGUGGAGGAGGUGGACAGAGCCAUCACUGCCUGUGCUGAGUUGCACGACCUCAAGGAAGUGGUGUUGGAAAACCAGAGGAAGCUGGCACGUGUGCGGCCGGAGAGCCCAGCCCAGGGAAGCAGCAGCCAGCACAGUGCCCGGCAGAGGGCGCUGCGGAGCGUGGAGCGAUACUUCUACCUGAUCCUGUUUAACUACUAUCUGCAUGAGCAGUACCCGCUGGCCUUUGCCCUCAGUUUCAGCCGCUGGCUCUGUGCCCACCCUGAGCUGUACCGCCUACCUGUAACCGUGAGCUCAGUGGGGCCUGUGGCCCCGGGGGACCUCCUCGCCAAGGGCUCCCUGGGCGCAGAUGAUCUCGUCUCCCUCGACGCACUCAGCACGGUCAGAGAGAUGGAUGUGGCCAACUUCCGGCGGGUGUCCCGGAUGCCCAUCUAUGGCACAGCCCAGCCUAGUGCCAAGGCCCUGGGGAGUAUCCUGGCUUACCUGACCGAUGCAAAGAGGAAGCUGCAGCAGGUCGUUUGGGUCAACCUGAGAGAGGAGGCUGUGCUGGAGUGUGAUGGGCACACCCAUAGCCUGCGGUGGCCUGGGCCCCCCAUGACCAUUGACCAGCUGGAGAACCUGGAGACCCAGCUGAAGGCCCACCUGAGCAUGCCUCCCCCAGGCGCAGAGGGCCCGCGGACCCACAGGUUCCAGACGUGCCUCACCAUGCAGGAGGUCUUCAGCCAGCACUGCGGGGCCCGCCCCGGCCUCACCUACCACCGCAUCCCCGUGCCAGACUUCUGUGCCCCCCACGAGGAGGAUUUUGACCGCCUGCUGGAGGUCCUGCGGGCUGCCCUUGCCAAGGACCCGGGCACCGGCUUCGUGUUCAGCUGCCUCAGUGGCCAGGGCCAGACCACGACUGCCAUGGUGGUGGCUGUGCUCGCCUUCUGGCACAUCCGAGGCUUCCCCGAGGUGGUCGAGGAGGAACUUGUGAGUGUGCCUGAUGCCAAAUUCACCAAGGGGGAGUUUGAGGUGGUGAUGAAGGUGGUGCAGCUGCUGCCCGAUGGGCACCGUGUGAAGAAGGAGGUGGACGCAGCGCUGGACACGGUCAGUGAGACCAUGACGCCCAUGCACUACCACCUGCGGGAAAUCAUCAUCUGCACCUAUCGCCAGGCGAAGGCUGCCAAAUUGGAGCAGGAGGCCCGGAGGCUGCAGCUGCGGAGCCUGCAGUACCUGGAGCGCUACGUGUACCUGGUGCUCUUCAACGCUUACCUCCACCUGGAGAAGGCGGACUCCUGGCAGAGGCCUUUCAGCACCUGGAUGCGGGAGGUGGCAUCGAAGGCUGGAGUCUACGAGAUCCUCAAUCGGCUGGGCUUCCCCGAGCUUGAGAACAUGGAGGACCAGCCCUUCUCAAGGCUGCGCUGCCGGUGGCAGGAGCAGAGCCACGGCCUUGAGCCCGUUGCUGCCGGAGACUUCCUGUAGGACGUGUUUCCCCUACCCCUGUCCCCUCCUGCAGGGUCCCACGAAGGAUCAGGGUGUCUGAGGUGCUGUUCACUGAAGUGGCCCUGAGUUAACUGUUCCCUAGCUUCCCAGGGAGAUGGGGGCUGGGUUGGGACUCCUUUUUGGAAGGAGCUUUUUAUAGGACAAUUAGCACACAGUUGUACUUUGCAAAUGACAGGCGUGAGAACAGUCUUCAGGAGAGCCCAGGGUAUAUGCCUUGCAGACGGGCUGGAGUCAGCCCUCCAAAGGGCUCACUCCUCAAGUUGCUAAAGAAAGCUGCUUGCCACUUGCACUGCCGUCCCCUCCUCCUGCUCCCCUCUCCGAGCAGCCUGACAGUCCCUGGCACAGAGCAGCUGGCCAGCGGUGGUUUCCUUCUCUCUCAUUCUCUUGCUGCUCUCCCUCUCGGCUUCUCCCCGUACUCGGGGCCUGUGUCUCCUGGGGAGUGGACAGCACUCUGGGUGGCUUUGUUAUUAAAUGCGGCUUUACCUAGUUUUCUUGCCUCUCGUGCCCGGUCUCCAUCCUGGAGACUUCAAGAGGUACAAUCACACCGCUUGGUGGGUCCAGCAGAGGCCCCUGCCUCUCCUUCCUUUCCCCACUUCCCUGCUGUGGGGCUGGCAGGACUGUGGUGUUUUCUAAGGAGCUGGAAGCAUCAGGGAGCCCUUCUCAGAGGAAGAAAGGGCUUCCAGGAGGUGGAUGCAGUCCUGCGGAAGAGGCCAGCUCCUUCUGCCUGGGAGCCCGGGUGGGAGGUGCUGGGGAAGACAAAGCACCCAGCCUUGGGCCCCCCCACACCCCCUCCCCCCAUCCCCACAGCCCAAGAUGGCCCCGUGCCCCUGCCCGCUGCAGCAGAAACUCUCAGGGGUGCUGUACCCGAGCGAGCAGUGCAGCGUGUGAGUGGUGUGAGGCGUCACUUGGAUUCCAGACCAUCCUUGCUGGGGUCCGUUGAGCUGCCUUCCAGUAGGAACGGAAGGGGCCACGCACGGCUGACCUAGGGGCCUCCAGGACCUGCUGUGUCCAGACAGUGGGAAAGCUGCUCGGAAGAGGCAGGGGAGGCAGGCGGCGCUGGGUCAAGCCUUGCAGCACUUCCCCUGGCGCCUGGUGUCAGGGGCUGAACAGUGGGGAGGCUGUCCACCUGUCUGGCUUGUUGGGGCCGGUGGGGGACCUCUGUUUGGUUGAGUACAUGCACUUCUAUGGAAAAACAGGUGGUUGUGUCCCUAGUCAUGGCAUUUGAAAAGGGGACAAGAGGAUGAAAUUGUUCAUAUCUACCUAGUAUUGGAAAAUAUUUGACCAUCUUGGCUGAUUUCUUUUUGCAAAACUACUGUAUGUCUCUUCACUACCCUUCCAGAUUUGUUGUUUUUGGUUUGUUUUUUUAAUUUGUUUUUUGCAUGUAUUAAAAAGUUUUAAUUUCUUCGCAGACAAGGCCUAGGUGAGAGGUCAGAGAUCGGGGCUGAACUGGGAGGGAGCAUUUGUGUUCUUGUGGUUGGCCCUGACUUUCAGCUGUGCUGGGAUCACUGGCCGGUCACAUCACCACUCUGCCUCAGUAUUCCCAUCUGCAAAAUGGGAGAAUAAUACUUGCCUACCUACCUCACAGGGGUAU